AAAAAUUUCUCACACUUGAGCAUCACUCUUUGAAAAAGAAACACCAUGCUCAAGUUUGGAGUAUUUGUGAUCCUACUGGUGGUGGCUGAAGGGGCUCAGCUCAGACGAUAUGAUAAUUAUAAAGUUUUUAGGGUAACACCUAAAAAUCAGGAGCAAAGUGAUUUACUCAAACAUUUGUCCCAAGUUGCAGAGUACUCUUUUUGGGAUGGGCCACACUUUACUAACAUCUCAUCAGACGUCAUGGUACCUCCUUCUAAAUUACUAGACUUCGAAAGAUUAAUGAAAAUAACAGAAAUUCCUCAUGAAGUUCAUAUUGACAAUGUUCAAUCUUUGAUGGACCAAGAAAAUCCUAUGUUUAAUAAAAUAGUUCGUGCUGGUGUUAAUUGGAGAACCUACAAUACUCUAGAUGAAAUCUACAGUUGGAUGGACUCUCUUACAAAAGCUUAUCCAGACAAAGUUCAAGUCAUGAGUCCUGGUAAAACUUAUGAGGGCCGAGAAAUUAAAGGUGUUCGAUUAUCAUUCAAAAAAGGUAAUCCUGGAAUUUUUAUUGAGGGUAAUAUCCAUGCAAGAGAAUGGAUCACAUCAGCUACUGUGACCUACAUACUUAAUCAACUACUCACGAGUCAAGACCCUGAGGUCAGAGAAUUGGCGGAGGCUAAUGAUUGGUAUAUAUUUCCGGUCUUCAACCCUGAUGGAUUCGUCUACACUCACACAAAAGAUCGUCUAUGGAGGAAGACAAGAAAACCGUACUCGCACCUUUGCUAUGGAUCUGACCCUAAUCGUAACUGGGGCUAUAAGUGGAUGCAAGGUGGAGCCAGCAGCUUUCCAUGUGCGGAAACUUAUGCUGGAUCGGCAGCAUUUUCUGAAAUUGAGACUGACACAAUGUCAAAGUAUAUUACUUCCAUUUCUAAUAAUGUCUACGCUUACAUAGCAUUCCACAGCUAUUCACAACUCCUUCUCUUUCCAUAUGGGCAUACGACGGAACACCUUGAUAAUCAUGAUCAACUGCUGGAUAUUGGUCAGAAAACAAUUCAAGCUCUUGCCAAGAGAUAUGGAACACAAUACGUGACUGGAAACAUUGCUGAAACGAUCUAUGUUGCCAGUGGUAGUUCCAUGGACUGGGUAAAAGGUACAUUCAAAAUACCUAUAACUUACACCUAUGAACUCCGAGAUAAAGGAAGGUAUGGAUUUUUAUUACCACCAAGUCAGAUUAUCCCUACGGGAGAAGAAACUCUUGACUCUCUUGUUGGACUCUUCAAGGCAGCUAAAACUUAUGGAAUUCCCAAGAGAACGACUGUGUAAUAAAGUAAAUGCGAGAAACAUUUUUGUUUGAAUGAACUGAUUAUUAGGAAUAAAUAAUAAAUGAUAAUAAGUUUAAAUAA